AUCGAAUUCGAUAGAAAAGUCGAUGGACUUCCACUGACGGUAAUGGGAGAACUAACUUGUCCGACGACGAAAUACAAUUGGAAUACAUUUUUGGCCGCGAUUUUCAUGUUGUACAUCAGCAUCCAAAUAUGUUCAUUGUGGCUGUGGCCGCCGGCAAAAUAUGACCUCAGCACCGUCGUUAAAUAUUUUUUUGAGAUGCCGUGCAUCAUGGAGUUCGUGAUCUUUGCCACGUCGUACUUUUAUCUCCACAAUUUGGGAUCUAGAUUCGACACGUUGAAUAGUCUCUGUAAGCGGUUACCCGACGGACUCGUAACCAAUGCCGACACACCGACACAAUCCGAAAUCGCCAAGUUCAUAGAAAAUAUACGGUUGUUACACGCCGAACUGUGUGAAUUGUUGCGUACGUUUAGUUCGGGCUACGGCGUGGUGUUGUUGUUUUACUUUGUGUCCAAUUGUUUGGAUCUCUUGCGGUAUUUAUACUAUUUGUUACACAUGUCCAGAUAUUUAUCGUCCAAAAAUAGUGUUUACUUUAGCACUUUAAACAUCUUAUUGACCGUUGUGAUUUGUUUACAAAACGUCAUCUUCGUUAUGAUUUUACUAAUGAUUGUAUCUUGGAUAAAUAAAAAGAAAAUGGAAAUAGUUUCAUUUAUAAGAUUAAUACAUAUUUCAAAACUACCACUUGUUACUAAGUUGCAAAUCAAAAUGUUCAUGAAUCAAUUAUCAGCUUAUGAAAGUGAUCAAAUUACAGCUUAUGGUAUUUUUCCUAUGGAUUUGCGAUUUUUAUUAUCAUUCCUCUUAUUACUCACGACAACUUUGGCCACAUCGCUACAAAUGAAAGAACAUCCAUAUUUGAUUAAAUUUAACAACGCGUACCAUUCAUAUUUAAAGUUCGAGUACUCAAAUUUGCACGAAUAAGUAUAUAACGUCUCACUUAAUCACGUAUAUUAUUUAAUUUAUUACAGUUUAAUGUUUAUACUGUUUACAGCAUCAAAUUAU